AUGACAUUGCAUGACGUAGCUGUCAUACUUGGGCUCCGCAUUGAUGGCCCGAUAGUUAUGGGCACCGAUGACCAUAAUUGGCCUGAAGUAUGUGAUGGGCUUGUUGCUUUUGAUGAUAUUGAAGCUGAUAUAGAUGAGCACAUCAGUGACAUCCAGGAUCCGACGGCCGUAGGGCUCUUCAACAGGAUCAAACAGAGAAUAGCAAGCGUGUUUCAUAAGACUCAUGUCGACAAGUUUGCAGGCCGUGAGGACAGAUCUCGAUCAUUUGGGCAAAUGUACACACGACGAUGUAGGUCAAGUGACGAUGGAGCCGGCACUUCUCAUAGCACGGCGCAUGCUGAUGGAGCCGCACAAGGAUUAAUUUGGGUAGGAGAUUUGACCCCUGGAAGUGAUACGUGGGAGCUUUCAAUGAGAAGCAAGUAGCUGUGGGAAGAGCUGGCAGAGAGCAUAGAACGCCAUGGAUUGAAUCCUCUUGAAGAGUUUGGCUGGAAGAAAACAGGAAGCUUGUUAAUUGGUAGAACUUCAGAAGAAGUAGCACUGCUGGAGGAAAGGGUCAAGCUUUUAUCUAAAGCUGGAGUCAGAGCAGAAUACUUGUCUUCUACUUCUUUGCUCUCAAAGGAACCGGCCCUUGAAGUAAGAGGGAAAUGUGGUGCUGCAUUUUUUCCAGAUGACUGCCAGUUGGAUGCCCUUCGAACUGUUGCAUUCAUAGAAAAGGAUAAUAGGUGUUUUGCUUCUGAAGGAAGAUAUACUGAGCUCUAUAAUAACCCUGCAAUUAACAUAAUAAGAUCUGAGAAGAAUGGACCAGUUGAAGGUAUUCAAACUACACAAAAUUCUCUCUACUGUAAGCAGGCAUUGGUGGUCGCAGCAGGUGCUUGGACAGGCUCCCUCAUGCAAAGCAUUGCCAUCGACCCUGAUGCUGUUCUGAGUGUGCCUGUGAAGCCGCGAAAGGGCCAUCUUCUAGUAUUGGAAAAUUUCAACAAAAUUCAUCUGAACCAUGGGCUGAUGGAGUUCGGCUAUCUUAGCCAUAAAGUUGCUAAUUCACCUUCAUGUGUUGAUGAUGACUUGUUAUCUAUUUCAAUGCUAGCUUCAACAGAUAUCAUGGGCAAUCUUGUUCUGGGGAGUAGUCGUCAGUUUGUUGGAUUCAAUAGAGAAGUAGACGAAACUAUUAUCAAGCGAAUAAUAGAUUGUGCUGGAGAUUUUUUGCCUGCCAUAAGAGCUUUGUCCUUCAACCUAAGUCAGAUAAGGAUAGGCCACCGCCCUUACAUGCCAGAUGGUAAGCCUGUCAUUGGACCUGUCCCAGGAUUGCCGAAUGUUUUCCUUGCAGCGGGACAUGAAGGAAAGGGAAUUUGCAUGGCUUUGGGCACCGCAGAAAUGGUGGGUGAUAUGAUCCUCAAUAACCCUGCAAAAGUAAGUUGUACCCCCUUCUCCAUGGAGGACAGAUUUGUGAGGGAAGUUAUUUAAACAAGUUCAAGCUUCUGAUAGAUGGUUAAAACAAGCGCAUGUCCACAACUUGCUUGAAGACUUGAUUCCCAAGUUUAUCGCUACCCAGUCUCAGAUUUUGUACAAGUAAGAAGAAGAAGAAAGAUCGGUCUUGAUCGAUAGGUAGUUCUCGGUCUUGAUCGAUAGGUAGUUCUCGGUCAGAAGGAAAAAUUCUUCUUUGCUUGGAGAAAAGUAAAUGUUGUGCACAAGGAUAUAUAAAUCUUGUAAUGACAUUAGAAAGGAAGUUGGUAAGUUCAAAUUUAUGAUAUGAUGAAGUAUCAUC